AACACUAAAGUUAUUAUUUAUGAAUAAACUAUUAAAUGUAGUGCACGCCGUGCCACGCCAAUUUGUGCGUGACUAUGCGUUUAAGUCAGAUCUGAAAAUCAAAUGGGUGCGACCGGAAAAGAUAUCAUGCAUCAAGCCGGAGAAAAGCGGCGAUCUGGCCAAGCUGCCACCACUGAAUCCCAAUGAGAUUCUGCCGGAAUACAAGGACUCCAAGGAGUUGGCAAAUGCCGACGAAACGGUCAAAUCAAUGUUUUUGCUGAGCAACAAUCGGAAUCAUCUGACUACGCGUUAUUAUCGUGACCAAAUGGUCAAGGAGGUGCAGCGUCAUGAACAGGACUAUGGCUCCAUGGAAGCGACGCUGGCCAAAAUGACUGCAGUUAUACGGCGUUAUCAAUCGCACAUGGAGGUGCAUCCACGCGACAAGAUGAUCAAAGUGCGGCUAAAGGAGCUGAUAGACAAGCGUAAAAAGUUUCUAAAAUACCUGAGACGCUGGGAUUAUCCGCGCUUCGAGUGGAUUUUGGAGAAGCUGGACUUGGUCUAUAAGCCACCGCCGGCGCAUUUCCAUUGGGUAACGCGUAAAGAGUCUCUGCAGAAGCUGACAGACAUCUACUGCGAGAAAAUCAAGGAGGAGCGUCUGGAAGCCUAUCACAAAGAGCUGCAGGCACAACAGAUACCCUUUCUGGAGGAUGCCAUUAAAAAAAUGAUAUUUGUGCGACAGGAGCAGAUUGACUGCGAUGUGCCCGUGACCGUAACGGAGCAGCAAAUCGAGGAUGCGCGCAAGGAGCUGGCAGAGCUCAAGGAACUGCGCGACGCAGCGGCUGCCGCCACACAGAAACAAUCGGAUGAGACUUUCCAUUGAUCAUUUAAAGGCUACCAAG